AUGCAGCAGUGCGAUGAAUCCAAGGAGGCGAGGCUGCUAGAUCUAGUUAUAGCCUUGCCGGUCUGCCUGUUCUCGCUGUCCUUGGUGAUCGCGCUGUCCCUCUAUCUCAAUCGGCGGCGCAUCGUCCACCAUUUACACCACAAGUAUACCGGACUCGAUCGCGUGAUAAGACCAUAUCAACCUGAUUCCAAAACCCACAGCUGGUCAGAUCCCACUUUUUCGCCCGAACCGAACGCAGUUUCCAACUGCAUACUGCCAGAUAUCAACACAUUGCCAUCCCCCAGGUCAGACCGCUUCCGUCCAGCCUCGCGGCAAGAUUCCACUCGUGCCCGGGUCACAACCCUUCUUCCAAGCCGACAUCAGCAUCUAGCAGGCGGAAAACAGCCCGCAGAGCAACUCCACUCACUCGACAAAUUCCACAGCCUCUCACUCAGCAAAACUCGUGGUCCCAACUCUGAACCCCCAUCCUUGAGUCGAAAAGAGCAACUCGCACAUAGAUCCCAGCUCAUACAAGACACCCACAUCCGACUAGGUUCCAUUUUCCCCGAACCACCCCCACCACUACUCGUCGAAUCCCCCCAUUCCGUCGCCGGUGCAUUACGAAGUCUGACCUGCGCACAAGAGGAGGAACCCACCACCACCACCACCGUUGAGCAGACGAAAGAACGACCAGUGAGCUUCUCACGCCCCCUCACGAAAGCUACUACAGGUACCUGUCGUCCUGCUUCCCCCGUUUAUUACACAAGACCUUCGUCCCCGACGGGGUCGAUUAGACUUGUUGUUGGUGAUGAUAGAUUCGCGGAAGAUGUGGACUCUCAUCACAUAAGGGUCAUGAGCGAGGGGAUUGGGUCGAGAUUAUUAGAGGCGGAUGUUGGGGUCGGUGAUACCUCUGGUAUUCUUGCUUGA